GCCCAGAGCCCAGAGGGCCAGCGCCCAGCCAGCCUGUGGGGUCGCACCCCGCACUGCACUCCGAGGCCAGCAUGCCCAGGACCAGGCAGAGCAGCCGUCGAGGGCCGUCGUCCCGCCGCUCCCGCACCGACAGAGCCGAGCUGACCUUCUCUGUGAGCCUGGUGGAGCGCCUUCUUCGUGAGAGCGGCCAUGCCCGGCGGCUGAGCCAGACCGUGCCCAUCUUGCUGACCGCCAUCCUGGAGUUCCUGACGCGCAGGCUGCUGGAGCUGGCAAGCAAUGAGGCCCAACGGCGAGGCGCCCAGAGGCUCAUCACCCCGGAACUGCUGGACUUGACCAUCUACAACAACAGACUUCUCAGCGAGCUGUUCCAGUCCACCACCAUCUCCCAGGUGGCCCCAGAAGUUCGUCCUCGUCGUAGUCGUCGACGUCAACGCUAG